CACCUCGCCUCCCCCCUUUCCCUUUCAUCGCCCUCUCUCCUUUCCACCACCUUUCCCUUUCUCUCACUGUUUCACCCCAGUGUUUCCUUUUCUUUUCCCUCCUCCCCCAACCCUCCUGCUUUUCCCACACCCCUUUACCAACCCAUUCGGUUUGAUACCUUCUUGCACCGACUUUACCUUGGCCUGCCUCCAUCUGUUUUUCUGUUGUUCCCUUGAGCUCAAAACAAUGACAGCAGGAACCACAUCGACCGCCUCGGCCUUCGCCGCCUUUCCCGAUCUCUCCCUCCAGAUCAGCCCGCCGGCGAUAUCCAUUGAUGGAUCCAUCAGGAGGGCCUUCUCCGGGGACCAUAAUUCGAUAUCGGACUCCGGGAGCAGCGGGAGCAAUAGCAGCCAUGACCACCAAGGGCUUUUGCACUCGGAGGGGGGUCAGGUCGACCCUCGCCAUGGCGAGCCGACGCUGAGUCUGGGGUUCGAGACUCCCACGUUGGAUCCGCCGCGCCACCAGCUCUACCACGGCCUUCAUCACCACCAACUCCACCACCCUCAGAUCUAUGGAUUCAAGCGGAAUUCAAGAUCGCUUCACGGAGCAAAAAGGAGCAUUAGGGCUCCAAGGAUGAGGUGGACCAGCACCCUACACGCACAUUUCGUGCACGCCGUCGAGCUCCUUGGCGGUCAUGAGAGAGCGACGCCCAAGUCGGUCCUGGAGCUGAUGAAUGUGAAGGAUCUAACACUCGCUCAUGUGAAAAGCCAUCUUCAGAUGUAUAGAACAGUGAAGAGCACUGACAGAGGGGCAGGCCAAGGCCAGACAGACAUGGGCAUGAACCAGAGGACAGGAGGUAUGGGUGAAGUGGAGGGAGGACUAUCAUGUGACAAAGCUGGGAUCAGCCCUUCUUAUUCCCUCAGCGCACCAACCCCACCAACACCACUACCCAAGUCCCCCAGAGGAUCAUAUUCAUCCACGGAGGAGAACAAUUGGAAUGCAUCCAUACAGCAAAAGCGCUACCUCAAAUGUGAUAAUCUUUUAAACAAAGAAAUUCAGCCAAUGGAGGAGGUAGGAGAAGCCAUCCAUCUAUCACCAAGGUUGGGCGGACAGGGAACGAACACAAGGACAAGCUUUUCGCCAUAUCUACGGACUGCUGCUGACAAGCUCCAUAUGCCACCUAACCUAGAAAUCACCUUAGGAAGACAAAGUUGGCAAAUUGAAUGUGUCGAAUCAUCAAAUGAACUGACCCUUCUUAACUGUUUGUGAAGUUUUGAUAAUAAACAACAACAAAAAAAAAUCCUUCUAAAUUUGAGGGAGAAGUGUGGUUUUGUUGUAAAUUUUUCUUUGGAACGGAGAAUCAUGCCAUCAACUCUCAGUUGAGCUGCAAGUUGGAAACGGACUGUAAGUUUAAAAGAAUAGGGACCCUGUUCGUCAUGGGCUUUUCAUGUUUUGAUUUCCCUCUCAAACUACAAUAAGCUUGGUUGUGAGCUUCAA